UAGGAUAAUUGUCUGAAUUAGAGGAACCUGGAAGGUGUUGCAGAGGAUUCAGGAUGUUGGAGCCUUCCUAAAAACGAAAGCGCCGUUCGUUCUAGUUAGCUGCGAUUCCCGGAUUUCCUAUGUUCAGCCUCAUGGCAAAUUGCUGUCGGGAUUUGUUCAAACGAUGGCGUCACCCAGUAAGGAAGGUGACUUUGGUCAUGGUGGGAUUAGACAAUGCUGGCAAGACCGCCACUGUGAAAGGAAUCCAGGGAGAAUCCCCGGAAGACGUGGCCCCGACAGUAGGAUUCUCCAAAGCAGACAUCAAGCAGGGAAGAUUUGACAUCACAAUAUUUGACCUGGGCGGUGGCAAGCAGAUCCGGGGUAUCUGGAAGAACUACUAUGCUGAGUCCUAUGGAGUGGUGUUUGUUAUCGAUUCCAGUGAUGUAGACAGGAUGGAGGAGACCAAGGAGACAGUCGCUGAAGUCCUGCGCCAUCCCAGGAUCUCUGGGAAACCAGUGCUGGUCUUGGCAAAUAAACAGGACCGUGAGGGAGCCAUGGCUGAGGCUGAUAUCAUCGAGUAUCUUUCACUGGAGAAACUGGUCAAUGAGCACAAGUGCCUGUGUCAGAUUGAGCCGUGUUCAGCAGCCCUCGGCUAUGGGAAGAAAAUCGAUACUCACAUUAGGAAAGGGCUGAACUGGUUACUGGGAGUCAUAGCAAAAGAUUUUGAAGCAUUACACGAGCGCAUACAGAGAGAGACCGCAGAGCAGAAAGCCCAGGAGGAGCAAGAUAAACAGAAGAUCGCUGAGAGGGUGAAAAGGCUGAGGGAGGAACGAGAAGAGAGGGAGCGGGAAGAAGCGGAGAGGGAGGGGAGAAAACCUGUGGAAGAAGACACCUCUGUUCCCAUAGUCAAUCCGUUCCAGCCCAUAACUGCUGUUAUCAAGGAGAAUGAAGACAAAAUCAAGAAAGAAAAGGAAAAAAAGAAACAAAAAAUGCAGAAUGGACAAGCUGGAGCCGAGAUUCCCCUCAAGCCAAAGGCCGACGAGGAGGAUGCAGAGUCAGACAGCGAGGGCGGUGAUAGCAGCCCGACAUCACAAGAUGAACCUUUAAUGGACCUGUAUAAAGAUGCUCUGAACCAAAAGCUGGAGCAAGAUGAGAAGAGAGAGACAGACAACGCAAAAAAGAAGUUGAAGAAACUGAAGUUAAAAAGAAAUAACAAAAUCGAGCCUCUUGCCCCACAGGAGGUAGAGACAAAGAGCCCAGCUACACCUCCCCCACAGUUACCUGUUGGCUGGGGAACCCCAAAAGUUACUAGACUUCCAAAACUUGAGCCUCUGGGAGAAACCCAUCAUAAUGAUUUUUAUGGAAAGCCACUUCCGCCACUGACGUUACGGCAAAGACCCAACAGCGACGCUCAUGAUGUCAUUUCUUGAGACGCACAGAACGCUUGCCCCCCACCCCCUCUGUGUCUUUGCACUGAUGAUGGUUAGUUGGGAACACUAAUAUAUAAACAAAAAAAAGUCAGGCAAGUAUUGUGUGCCGCGGUUGUAGGAAACACUAUCACCAGCCAUUGGGGUCAGGGUAUUAUAAGUUCACAGCUACCAGGUAUCUAAUUCAGGUUAAAGAGCAACCGCACCCCAAAGGAGCAGCUUUGGGUCAGGGCACAUUCCCCCACUGGGGCUUUAGUGCUGCUUGGGACCCAAGCAGGAAGCUCUCCUCCCACCCUUGGCCCAG